GGUUAUAAAGUGGUUCAGCAAGAUAAUGCUUGCUAUAUAUAAGCUUUUGAGAUUGAUCUAACAUUGUCAUUCCCUUCAGAAAACUGUUCAACACGCUAUCUUUACAUCACUUUGCGAAGAAAAUUCUCUGUCAUCUAAAUUCUGACCUCAAUUUUAUGAUUUGUGUUAUGGUUUUGCUUAUUAGGUAUGGGAAGGUGUUUAAGAGUUAUGUAUUGGGAAGGUAUACGGUAUUCAUGACCGGAAGAGAAGCAAGCAAGAUCUUGUUGACAGGUAAAGAUGGGAUAGUGAGCUUAAACCUUUUCUACACAGGACAGCAAGUACUUGGACCUACAAGCUUGCUCCAACAGACAGGAGAGGCGCACAAGAGACUCCGAAGACUAAUUGCUGAACCACUUUCUGUUGAUGGUUUAAAGAAGUAUUUUCAGUUUAUCAACAGUUUAGCUAUUGAAACAUUGGAUCAGUGGUCUGGAAGAAAAAUUUUGGUUCUUGAAGAAACUUCCACAUUUACACUGAAGGUGAUAGGCAACAUGAUAAUGAGUUUAGAGCCAACUGGUGAGGAGCAAGAGAAAUUUCGAACCAAUUUCAAGAUUAUUUCUGGCUCUUUUGCUUCUUUACCCUUUAAAGUCCCGGGAACUGCCUUUUAUCGUGGCAUUCAGGUAACAAAUUGUCGAUAUUCUAUGCAAAAUAUGAUGAAUGGACAGCUUAAAAGAGAUGACUAUCUGUAAACUACAGGCUCGUGAUCGAAUGUAUGUUAUGUUAGACUCGAUAAUUGACCAACGGAGGAGUGGGGAAACCAUAAAACAAGAUUUCUUGCAAUCCCUGGUGAAGAAGCAUGGCAAAGAUGCACCAGAAGGAGAUGAUGAUGACAAACUCACAGAUAAACAACUUAAGGAUAACAUAUUGACGCUUCUAGUUGCAGGCCACGAUACUACAACUGCUGCUUUAACAUGGCUCCUCAAAUUUCUUCAAGAAAAUCCUGCUGUAUUGGAACGACUAAGAGUAAUUCUUAUUCGAACCUAACGGAGAAAAGGAGCAACCUUUAACUGAUGACAUUAGUUUAUAACUUUAGAAUCUUUUAUUUACAGGAGGAGCAUAGAGAAAUCCAAGCUCGAAAACAAGGCACAUUAGAUCUCACCUGGUCUGAAGUCAACAAUAUGCCUUACACCGCCAAAGUGAGUUUGCAUACUAGUCAUAAAUCCAGCUCUGAAAUUCAAAAAUAACCAAUUUUUUGUUGAUAUUUCAAUGUUCAGGUAAUCAGUGAAACACUUCGAAUGGCCACAAUCCUUCCGUGGUUUUCAAGAAAAGCAGCACAAGAUUUUGAGAUUGAGGGUAACAGUCAGAUUUCUCGAUAUCUAGAUUUUGUAUGAUCUAAAAUGAUUCUUUAAAACCAUGUUCAGGGUGCAAAAUCAAGAAGGGAUGGUCACUUAACUUGGAUGUAGUGUCUAUUCAUCGCGACCCCAAAAUAUUUCCUAAUCCGGAAAAGUUUGAUCCUUCAAGAUUUGAUGUAAGUUUUCCAACAUACAUAAGCAGGCUCCUUCUAUUCAACUCCCCUGAGAUUUUCAUAACAAAGAAAAUUGUUGGAUUCUGUACAGGAUCCUCUAAAACCUUUCAGCUUCCUUGGAUUUGGAAGCGGACCACGCAUGUGUCCUGGAAUCAACUUAGCCAAACUGGAAAUUUCUGUCUUUCUUCAUCAUCUUGUCUG